UCUUGGAUAGCCCAACUUUUCGUUGUUCUGUAAAUGGUGUAACGACAUUCUGGAAUAUCGCUGUCCGUUUCUGGAAAGGUGCCAACGGCAAAAAGGUAACCAACCCCCUGGUGGUUUGCCUGAACCUGACCGGAUGCGAGACCGAGGAAACCGGUCAAGCGAGGGUCCGGUUCCAGUUCGGAGUUUGGGACGCCACCAUCAAACACUGGGAGUGUUGUCCCAUCUCCAGCGUGGUGCUCAACCUCCAGAACACCAAAGAACUCCUCUCUGUCGGUUACAAGAGCUUAGGCAUCUUGGACAGGCACAUCGAUAGCAAUAAGGACAUUAAGAUUAUGGUCAAGAUUCAGAUUAUUCAGAGCGACGAAGAGGUCCACAGUUUGUCGCAGGAUAUGGCGAGGCUGAUGACGUGCGAAGAGAACAAAGAUACCGUGGUAGAGUGCUACUGCGAUUCGGAGAAUAAAGAGAAUAGACAGAAUCCGAUCAGGGUGCACAGUUGGAUAGUGAGGACUAGGAGCGAGAAGCUUGCCAAGAGAUUGGACGAAAGUAGCGAUGAAAAUAACAAAAAUAUGAAGUACACAUUAGCCUUACCUGAAUACUCUUACGGAGUUGUUUGUGAACUUAUUCGGUAUAUCUACACUGACAAAGUUGACUGUGCGGACAAGUAUGCUGCCAAAUUACUGCCAAUUAGUACAAUUUACACUUUACAAGGAUUGAAGGGUCUCUGUGAACGUCAUCUCAUUGAAAGUUUAACUCCAAGCAACGUGGCCAACAUCCUUUUACUGGCCGAUCAAUGCAGAUGUGAAAACCUUUAGAAAGCUGCAUUGCAUUACUGUGAAGACUCUGAACAAAU